UUGUCACUUUCUUCCAACAGCAAAAAAUUCCGCCAAGCAUGAAUUCAAAAUUCGAUGGCCGCAUUUUACCGAAAGACAUUUUCCUAUAUAUUUCAAGAAUGCUCCAAGGCGAGAGCGCGCGAACCCGGGAUGCAAGCCCACGCACGGAUGAUCUUAUCUGGCUUCAAACCCACAGUUUUUGUUUCCAAUUGUUUGAUCCAAAUGUACAUAAAAUGCUCCCGCAUGGAGUGUGCGGGUAAAGUGUUCGACAGAAUGCCUGAACGGGACCGCGUCUCUUGGAACGCUAUGAUCUUCGGGUAUUCGAUCAAUGGGCAGAUGGGGUUGGCGCAUUCGCUCUUCGACUUGAUUCCUGAGCGAGAUGUGAUCUCAUGGAAUUCUUUGGUGUCAGGAUAUUUGCAAAAUGGGAAUUGUUUGAAGUCGGUUGAGGUGUUCGUGAUGAUGGGGAGAGAUGCUGUGGGAUACGAUGAGACCACGUUUGCUGUUGUUUUGAAGUCAUGCGCGAGUUUGGAAGACUAUCUAUUGGGGCUACAAGUGCAUGGAGUUGUGGUGAAGUCGGGAUUUGAAUGUGACGUGGUGACUGGAAGUGCUAUGUUGGACAUGUAUGCAAAAUGCAAGAAGUUGGAUGAAUCAAUGCGGUUUUUUCGCAGGAUGCCGGUAAAAAAUUGGGUGUCAUGGAGCGCGAUCAUUGGUGGCAGCGUUCAAAAUGGUGAGCUCGUGGAUGGGGUGGAGCUGUUUAAAGAAAUGCAGAGAGAGGGAGUUGGGGUUAGCCAAUCUGUUUAUGCUAGUGUUUUCAGGUCUUGUGCUGGUUUAUCGGAUUCAAGGUUGGGUUCUCAGUUGCAUGGCCACGCGCUGAAGAGCGAUUUUGGAGCUGAUACCAUAGUUGGUACUGCAAUGUUGGACAUGUAUGCUAAAUGUGGCAACUUGCUUAAUGCUACGAAGGUUUUCGACUCGUUUCCAAACCAUAACUUGCAAUCAUACAAUGCUUUGAUUGUUGGAUAUGCUAGAGGCGAUUGUGGAUUGGAAGGUAUGCAGCUGUUUCUGCUGCUAUUGAGGUCUAAUCUUGGUUUUGAUGAAAUAAGCCUAUCUGCUGCGUUUAGUGCUUGUGCAGUAGGGAAAGGGCUUUUGUUAGGAAAUCAAAUACAUGGUUUAGUACUUAAGACUCCCUUCCGUUAUGAUAUCUGUGUGGCCAAUGCCAUUUUAGAUAUGUAUGGUAAAUGUGGAGCAUUACGCGAAGCUUGUUCUGUGUUUGAUGAAAUGGAGAGUAGAGAUGCUGUAUCUUGGAACGCAGUCAUUGCUGCUUGUGAGCAGAACAACAAUGGGGACACGUUGCCACUAUUCGUUGGUAUGCUUCGUUCAAGAAUGGAACCGGAUGAAUUUACAUAUGGAAGUGUUCUGAAAGCUUGUGCAGGUGGGCGGGCUCUGCAGCAGGGGAGGGAGAUCCAUGGUAGAGUCAUUAAGUGCGGCUUGGGGUUGGACUCGUUUGUGAGCAGUGUGAUUGUUGAUAUGUAUUGCAAGUGUGGGGUGGUGGAGGAGGCUGAGAAGCUCCAUGACAGGAUGGCGGAACAAACGCUUGUUUCGUGGAAUUCUAUUAUUUCUGGGUAUUCUUUGAGUGAGCAGAGCGAAGGGGCACAGAAGUACUUCUCUAGGAUGUUGGAGAUGGGAAUUAAGCCUGAUAACUUCACUUAUGCUACGGUCCUUGACACUUGUUCAAAUGUGGCGAAUGUCGGGCUUGGGAAGCAGAUCCAUGCUCAAGUGAUCAAGCAGGAGCUGCAGUCGGAUGUGUACAUUGUUAGUACAUUAGUUGAUAUGUAUUCGAAAUGUGGGAACAUGGGUGACUCUGUUUUGAUGUUCCGGAAAGCACCCAGCCGCGAUUUUGUGACUUGGAACGCGAUGGUUUGUGCCUAUGCUCACCACGGAUAUGGGCACGAGGCUCUGCAGGUGUUUGAAGAAAUGCUGCUCGAGAGAGUGAUGCCAAACCAUGCAACAUUCGUGGCAGUUCUUCGUGCUUGUGGGCAUAUUGGUCUUGUAGACGAAGCGCUUCACUACUUCCACGCUAUGAAAAACGAGUAUGGACUGGAUCCGCAGUUGGAACAUUACUCGUCUAUGGUUGAUGCGCUCGGAAGGUCUGGCCGGAUCAUUGAUGCGUUAAAGCUUGUCGAAGAUAUGCCUCUGGAGGCGGAUGAUGUGAUUUGGAGGGCUCUUCUUAGUAACUGUAAGAUGCAAGGGAAUGUCGAGGUGGCAGAGAUAGCAGCGAGCGCCCUUCUGGAGAUUGAUCCUCAGGACUCAUCUGCUUAUGUUCUUCUAUCGAAUAUCUAUGCUGAUGCAGGGAUGUGGGGCGAGGUUGCGAAGAUGAGGAGGAUCAUGAGACGUAGUGGGCUGAAGAAGGAGCCGGGGUGUAGCUGGAUCGAGAUCCAAGCCGAGGUGCAUAUGUUUGUAGUGGGGGAUAAAGCUCAUCCGCGGCUUGAUGAGAUAUAUGAGAAGUUGGAUGUUCUAAUGGCUGAGAUGAAACCUGACAUUGAUGUGUUGUUUGAUUUUAUGGUGUACGAGGAUACAAGAUGGUGUGCCUACUAAAUUAGAGUCUUGAAAAAUAUCCAAGGAUUUUCAAACAAUUCAUUUCUUUAUUUCUUCUCUCAUUUGUUAGUUGACA